AUGGGGUGGCCCGGUGUGGGAAAUCUUGCUGGAUACUUUUUCUCGCGCUCGCAACCCGGCAGUGACCUCACGCUCUCGGACUCAACCUCCCCCACUCCGCCGGAUUUCAAAUCCGAAUCGCCUCUGCCUUCCUCUGACGCACACCCUGCGGAGGGUUCAAGAGAGCAUGCAGUGGGCUCGCCGAAUGGCCCGGCCGAAGAAACAGAUCUAGAGAGCGCUCAGAGCACACCCAAGGCAUCAGCAUCCAAUGCGCCGCCACCGGUUCUUGCCGUACCGACCCUGAGUCUGAAUGAUGAUGCCUCAACCGAGAACGACAACGUUGCACGCACCGAGAUAGAAGCCAAAGACCAAGCUCACCCACAAGCUCCUACAACAACAUCACUCUCAUCCGGCGCGAGCAAUGCAACGUCCCAGAGCACCGCGAGGGGGCCUCUACCGGUACCCGAGCCCUCAACCUUUCGGAUCGCUACACCCAACAGCCUUCCUUCCAUGCCUCCUCCUCCAAUCCCUCGACCGCGCCAAACUCCACUGCCAAACCGAGCACCUCCAACUCUUCAGCCUCCUCGAUCAGGUGCUAGCUCCCUCCGCACCCCUCCCUCCGCCGCAGCAAGCCUCCGAGCACCCGUCACCUCCAGCGGCCUCAGCAGCAGCACCCUCGCCCCCACGACCGUGAAGAAACAAGCUUCCCGCAAGGUCAUUCUUGAACCGGGCUACUCGCCACUCGACUGGGCAGCUCGCACCAGCAACCCCAACAAUGGGCUCCGGGGUGCAGGGCUGCCUCCAGGCCUUGUACGCGUGACGCCGAGUCUGUUGAAGAUGCAGAACGGGCGCAAGGGUCGUGACGCGUGGACUUCAUACCAGGGCAAGGUGUACAACAUCUCGCCGUAUGCCCCUUAUCACCCGGGGGGUAAGGGAGAGUUGCUUCGCGGCGCGGGCAAGGACUCUGCGCAGUUGUUUGCGGAGAUUCAUCCAUGGGUGAACUGGGAGGGGAUUCUGGGGGAGUGCUUGGUGGGUAUUUUGGUUUCGGAACAUGAUCCCCAGGCGGAGAAUGUGCUCGAUGCGAUGGAUUGA